ACGCGCCGCAGCCCCGCCGAAAGGCCCCUCCCAGGCCCCACAAUGCACUGCGGGGUGCGUCACUCGGAGCGGCGGGUCCCGUCUCGACAGUUGCUGAUGGGGAGAGGAAAAAAUAGCCACUGUUCCGGUUCCCUAUGAGUUAACUGCUGCUGUCCAAAGGCAGGUGUAAUAUUUUCUGUGUAUUAAAGGUCUUCUCUGUUGGUUGAAAUGUCUAUGAUUUUAUCUGCCUCAGUCAUUCGUGUCAGAGAUGGACUGCCACUUUCUGCUUCUACUGAUUAUGAACAAAGCACAGGAAUGCAGGAGUGCAGAAAGUAUUUUAAAAUGCUCUCGAGGAAACUUGCUCAACUUCCUGAUAGAUGUACACUGAAAACUGGACAUCAUAACAUUAAUUUUAUUAGCUCUCUGGGAGUGAGCUACAUGAUGUUGUGCACUGACAAUUACCCAAAUGUUCUCGCCUUCUCUUUCCUGGAUGAGCUUCAGAAGGAAUUCAUUACUACUUAUAACAUGAUGAAGACAAAUACUGCUGUCAGACCAUACUGUUUCAUUGAAUUUGAUAACUUCAUUCAGAGGACCAAGCAACGAUAUAAUAAUCCCAGGUCUCUUUCAACCAAGAUAAAUCUUUCUGACAUGCAGACGGAAAUCAAGUUGAGACCUCCUUAUCAAAUUUCCAUGUGCGAACUGGGGUCAGCCAAUGGAGUCACAUCAGCAUUUUCUGUUGACUAUAAAGGUGCUGGUAAGAUUUCUUCUGCUCACCAGCGACUGGAACCAGCAACUCUGUCAGGGAUUGUAGGAUUUAUCCUUAGUCUUUUAUGUGGAGCUCUGAAUUUAAUUCGAGGCUUUCAUGCUAUAGAAAGUCUCCUGCAGAGUGAUGGUGAUGAUUUUAAUUACAUCAUUGCAUUUUUCCUUGGAACAGCAGCCUGCCUUUACCAGGGCCCUGGGCUCAGCACCUUUUUCAGGCUCCAGGAAGCUCAUAUCCCGCUGAUGGACGGCUCGUGGUCAUCGCAGCACUAUGGAAAACCCGCAGUUCCUGGCAUCAUUUACAAGCCACUCAGCCUCUCCAAUGCGCCAGGAUUCACUGUCCUCCCACUGAUUAGCUGCUACACUCAAAUCAUCACCAUGGUGGCUGAAGUCUGGUCUUGGUUUUAGUGAUGUUUGCUGUCAGUGGGCAUUAAAGUGGUGUUCAGAACUCACCCCACCUAUCAAAAGCAUCUUUUCAAAUAAACAGUUAAUUAGUAUUCUAGAUAUGAAUAUGCCUUUGGAAAAAAGUAGACCCUCGUAAGAGAAGAACAAGUAAGUUCUCUGGGACUAGCUCAGUGGGGAUGGGGUUGGAAAGGGCUUUUGAAGGUUUUGAUUGCAUUUCCUUGGUGUCUACACGGGCGGUUUCAUGGGGGCUGCCUGAGGGCCUAGUCUCUACUGGCCACAGCAGAGUGAUGUUGUUAAGGAGCUGAGGUUCCCACUUAGGCCAAUUGGCCCCUAAAGUUUGAACAUGUAAUCAUUUGGUCUCCUUUUCUAAUGAAUGUACUCCAGCGUGAAAACUUCUCAGAGUUAAAGUCACACCUCAGUAAAAUGGCAUCUUUCACCAGGCACGUUGAAGUCCUAAUGAUGUCUACCUUCUUUGGAGCAGGAGGCCACAUGCCCAAGACUGUCACAUCUGUGUCCCCACAUGGCUAUUGGUCAGUGAAGCUGUGAAAUCUUUCACUGCUGCCUUUACACCUGUGUUCAACUUCACGUGAGCAACCCCCUCUGAUUUUCUUUCCUUAACCCAAAUAUAACCUGGCAUUUGAUGGCACAGCAGGCAGGAAGUGCUGACAGGGGCCCCUGCCUCCCCUACCACCUCUCCCUUCCUCUCAGUGGGGAGAGGAGUCCUAGGCCUGCAGGAGGUUCCCUGCAUGGGGUUUGAUGGCAGACAGGCCUGCUCUGAAACUCAUCUCUGUUCAUUACCAGCUGUGUGGCCUUAGGCAAAUAACUCAACCUCUCUGUGCCUCAGUUCCUUCAUCAGUACGAUUAAAUGCGAUAAUGUUUGUAUGGCGCAUAUCCCAGUGUGGCACACAGAGAGUGCCAUCAUUAUUAGCUAUGCAGGUCAAAUCAGUUCACUUCUGGCCUGCAGCUUGUCCGCACUCACCUGCCUGGGUCCUUUCCAUUAUCUGUGUUCCAUGCCUGUGUUUUCACCUUUCUUUCUCGUGGCAUAUAAACAUGUUUGGCUCAUCUGUUUACAGCAUCCUUCCCUGGACCUGGUCUUUUCUGUUCUGAUGCUGGAUUUUGUAUCCCCUUCACUCCUGGUCCCUACUCAGCCCUUGUUCCUCAGCCUCCUGUCCUGGGUGCACCUGCUCCCCAGCCCCAUACACUGACUUUUGCUACGGUCACCAGUGUUCUCCCACUGGCCGCCACAAGGACCGCAAUCUUCAGCCAACAUUAUCUCUAUAGCAAGGUGCUGUCCCCUGCUCAGGGGAGUUCUCUGCCCUCUGCGGCUCCCCUCCCCAGCACCCCGAAGGCUGGGUGCACUGUUCUUCACACCAGGGCCAGGCCCCCCCGGCCCAAGCUGCAAAUCAGACCAGGACACAUUACCAGUGAAAGUGUUUAAUAGUUAAAUUAUUUAAAUAGACUUUUCAAUUUCCAUGGGAAAUCAUAAUCGUAUCUGUUUUUGCAAGAGUAGGAAUAAAAAGAGUGCACACCCCUUAGAGGGAACGAAGAGCUAGCACUGCACCUGCACGCUGUCACCAGUCACUGCUGGGAUGAGAGAGGGGUCCCCAUGGGGCCGGGAGGCCAUGACCAUGGGGGAACACGGGAUGAACUCAGCACACACACUUUACUCAGGUUGGAAGCAGAACGAAAACCCAACACCACUGGCGGGCGAUGUGGAGGGGCAGGGAACUUGAGAACAGCUGGAAGAAAGCGGGCCUCCUGCCCUCGACGGCAGGAUGGCAAUGCAGAACUCAAAGGAUGGAGCAGCAGAAGCACGGGACAGACUCAGGCUUGGCAGUUUUGGGUCCGCACACUUUGUUUCUCAGAGCUGUGUUCGAAUUGUGGUGGGAUUAGUGUGCGGCGAGGGGAGGGUGGUGCUAGAGCCCAGUGAGAGGUGGUGCAGGUGGAUAUCAAAGUCACAUUGUGGCACCUGGCACAGAGCCACCGCCUCAUCGCCUCCAAGCUCAUGUUGGAGGUGAGGAUCAUUCUAACCUGAGAAGCAAUGGGAAGAUUUGGGCAUGGGCCCUAAGGAGUCCAUCGAAUUCUGUGGUAGAGUAUCAUUUUCCAAAUGCCUUCCUCAUAGCUUAUAAAAAUAGUAUUUUUUUUCUUGGUAUAUUUAACUGCCUCCUCCCGAUAAAAUUCCUGCUAGCUUUCCCUGUGGACUCUAAAGCUGGACUCUACCCAUUCCUCUGCCUGGUUUGCCGGUGGAGGUCAAGGCCACUCCCUUUCCUCAAACCUGAGGGCUGCACGUUGCAACCCUGUCUGAGUGCAACCCUGUCUGAGUGAACAGCUCCAGGAAGAGCCACCUGCACCUUGGCCAACUGAGUAGGCCAGGCAGGCUUGGCUUUCUUGCCCCAGCCUGCAAAGCACCCGGCCUUCUGUAAGCACUCCAGAAUCCGUGGGAGCUGCCUCUGUAAGCAGCAAACAUCUGAAAUCUCAGGGCGUGGAGGGUGGAGGGUGCCACACUGCCUGCCUCAGGAUGAGGUUGCUUCCCUUGGUUCCAGCUCGGCCUGGGAUGGGAAAGCAGCUUUUUGUUUUCUUAUCAUUCCAUCUGCGUUUUGCUUAGGGGAAGCAGGGUGUGUGCAUGUGUGUACACACGUGUGCGUGUGUCAGAGAAAGAUGGGGCAAUGUGUCCAUGCAUCCUCCUCCUUAAGCUGAGCAUAUGGUACCCCAAAAGCACACACCCACUGCUCUGGUGGUACCUGCAAAAACCCAAAACUGCCAAAUCUGAAAGGAGGGAAAUGCAUCCGGUGUGAGACCAGUUCCACAGCAUGAACACACGCACAUAUACACCAGUACAUACGCCAACAUACGCACAGUACAAAUGAGCACACGCCUCGCUGUGCACGGCUGUUUUCUAAUAUAGAGAAUUUACAAAAUAUAGAAUUUGGCAUAUCUGUGAGAUCUCCAAGGCUUUCAAUAAUACAAAAUAAAAAAUACAAAAAAGACAAGUGGGGAUCCCUGCCCUCCCCCCGAGUGGCGUCCUUGUUUGCUUGUGGGUCUCUUACACGCAUACAACUAGCACAGUCUAAAGAAGGGCACGGAGAACUUGUUUUGUUUUAUUUAAUAAAUAUUUUUCUCAGAAUCACCA